CUCUCGCAAACAGGUCGAGGCGACAUCUCACUCGGAGCCUAAGCUUUCGUAUCUGACUGAUACCAUAUCUUUCUUGCGGCAUGCUAGCUAGUUAGCGCACUUGUCUUGAGGGUUUCAGAUUCAGCUUUCUCUUUUCCUUCGCUUUACUAACGCCGUUUCCCAUUGUUUACUUUCUCCGUGCGACGAAAGAACCCGCGACGAAAGAACCCGCGACGAAAGAACCCGCGACGAAAGAAAACGCGACGAUGGGAAUGCGAGGAGGCCCGCGUCUCCAGGUCGGCUCAGCCGCUUGGAUUGCGGAGGAAAGGGACUCGGCGCUGAAUAUUGCACGUUCCGAGAUUGAAGAGUUUUCAUUCUCCGCGCGCAAUGAGAUGGACUGGCUCAACGAGCACAUGGCCGAGAUCUUCUCCGAUAACCAAAUGAAUGUCGCGGAGCUGUUCAAGACUCCCGGGAAGUUGCGUGGGAAGACACCUCGGACAACGAGGAAAGCAGAGCCUGGGGGUGUGCGCGUGCCACUGUCACAUAUAUUCUCUGCUACACCAAAGGCGGCACCGAAUCCUUUCGCCCUGUCCAACUUAGCACAGCUCAGGAGUCCCAAACUCCGGAUACCGGAGGACAAGCCUGCGCCUCCCGUUUCCCAACCAGACAGUCCAACCAAGGCGCCUGUCGUGCAUCCUCCGUACCAGGUGGAGUCCCGACCUCCCAUCUCCCUCGCAGAUUCGGGCUACCAUGGGAGCCAGUCCCAGGAUACGAUGCCGUUCGAUCAUUUUGACAAGGAUGUCGAGAUGUCAGAUGGUCCCGGUAGUCCUCCACAAGACCUGCCGGACUCAGACCCUGUUUUCUCGCCCACAAGCGCGUCAGGAGAACAAAGAAGGCCGUCGGUUACCUCGGUCGAGGAAGCUAUCCAACCAGCCAUCGAGAGCCAGACGUGGCAAGACACUGCCGCUGAGAUGACAGUGAAUGUUGCACCAACACCUUCGUCUUCACCCAAAAGAUCGAGGACUGGCAGCCCGCUGAAAGGAAGCUCGAAUCAAGUGGAGGAUCUCGAGGAUAAUGGCGAUGGGCGGAAUGCUCCCACACCGGCGGCCUCACCACCGAAGACAUCAAAACUGGGUAGCCCGCAAAAGGGAUCCUCAAACCCAACCGUUGGCCUGGAGACUUCCGACAUGCGCAGUGCGCGAACCCCUUGGUCCUCUUCACCCAAGACCACCAGGGCAGGUAGCCCACAGAAGGGAUUUCCGAAUCCCACAGAGGAUCUCAAGCUUGCUGGCGAUGAGCGUAGCAAUGAGCACUAUGAUCCUGAGGCCGAGGAGGUUAGGUCGCCGUCGGACGCGUCAAGCCCAAUCAGACCAAUCGUGCGCAAAAGCAGUCUUAACUUCGCGUCCCUCCCUGCCCGUGAACCGCUGACUUCCAAGAAGAGCAUCGGCGGGACUCGCGUUUCCAGGACAAGUCACCUGGACUACAAUCGCCAGAGCUACUACAACCGCCACACAGGAGGGAAAAGCCUUGGAGGGAUAGUCCGGCAAGAAGCCUCAGACGACGACCAGGAUGAAAUGGACACCGAUAACGAGAUCGCGGCCCGGGACGAAAAUGCGGAUGCGCGCGUUUCGGCAGACAGCAAGACAUAUACACAGCGGCUACAGGACCAGAUCAGCAUGCUUGGAAAAGCGCAAUCCACUGGAUCGCGCCCGUCCAAGUCUCUUGCGAACUUCCUACCCUCACAACAGGGUGCGCCGGCUUCGCAAACUCAACCACCACAAGUGGAGCCUGCCCUGGAGAACAAGAAGCAGUCGCCCCAGCCGAACCCUUCAGUUCGUGCCCCUGGCGCUUUCCCCGAGGACGAUGCUGACGACUGGAUUACCCCCCCUGGUAACACUGCGGAGGCCGCUCGCCAGGAAACACUGCCCUCAGCUACUGCCCGUUCGGAUGUCCGGGAAGGCUCCUCUGGAAAGGAAGCAGUGACCGCCUCCUUGCUUCAGUCGCCUUCAGCGAACAGGCCCGGCUAUCGUCCGGAGGCCUCGAUCGAAUCUUUCAAGACAGCAGACAGUGUUGUCUACCCAGAUCUCUCGCAGCAAUUAGCCCCCACGUCUUCCAACAACACGCGGAGGACCAGAGCCUCUGCCGAGAGAGAGAGACAAGAGGCCCAGCAGCGAGAGGAGAAGGAAGAGCGAGGGAAGGAGGCCAAGGAGCGGGAAGAGCAGGCCAAGCGAGUGAAGGAAAAGGAAGAGCGCGAGAGAGCGUCCAAGGAGCAAGAGAAGCAUGCCAAGGAGCGCGAGGAGGCCAAGGAACGUGCAAAGGCGGUGAAAUCACGAGACGAGGAGGUGAUGGAUCAAGAGAUGACAGACGCCACAACUACUGCACCCCCUCAGUCGAUCCCUCGUCCUACAACCGCUUCGUCUAUGCGCACGCAAAGCAUAAAGAGGCCUUUGAAGCCCACAAAGGAGACAAUCACAAAGUCGAAGCAGGCUCCGACCCUGAUCCGAGUCAAUACCACCAGCUCCCAGCAGACGCAGUUUCACCCGUCGAACAGUGUCCUGUCCACCAUGCUCCAGGAGACACUGGGUCAACAGCCUGGGUCCGUGAGGCAGCCGAACGGCAAGGCGAGCCAGGCCUCCCUUCACGGAAAGCCGUCCCUACACAGCCUCAAGAGUUCCGUUUCCUCCUCCACCGGACGCCCCAAGGCAUUGGAAUUGGCGGCCAAGCGGAAAGAGCAGGAAGAGCGCGAGGCGCAGCGCAAGCGGGAAACCAAGCUCGAAAUGGAGCGCAAGCGCGCUGCCCAGGAGGAAGAGCGCAGGCAGGAGCAGCAGCGGAGGCUCGAAGCAGAGCGGCAGAGAGAGGAAGAGCGAAAAGCAGCCCUGGCCAAGAAAGCUGCCAUUGAGAAGGCCAAGCAAACCAAGGCGCCUCCUCCAGCAGUCAGAUCGCAACCGAACGGGCCGCCAGAGUACAGCCUGGCGGACAAAGCGCCCAUGAGACCACCCUCCCGGCUCGGCUCGACAAUGCACCAAGACGGGCGCCUUGUGAACACGGUGCUGUCCAGUACCGCCAAAGGGCCAAUGAAGCGGCCACUGCAGCAGGAUGCGGGCGAGGAGAGCUCAAGAAAUCAGCCAGCGCGGGCCCUGCCAUCGCUGCCCGCCAAAGAAGGCAAGCGCCUACGCAUGAGCGAAGAAUUCGAUGAAGAGCUGCACAUGGUGGAGAGUCACAGUCAACGGACCAUCAAGGGGCCUCCCGUUAGGCCCUCAGGUGGGCUCAAGAAGGAUCUGCCCUCAAAGCCAACGUAUGCCAGCGGCUACCCUAACGCGCAUCCACUCGGGCUGGCACAGUUCUCCAAGGGCGCAAUCCCGUUCGCGCCGAACCCCAACCACGCCGGACCGGCUCACCACAAGACGCCAGCGCGGCCGGCCGGCGGCGCAGUGCCCAAGUCCGCCAAGUCCGUGGCCCGCUCGCCACGCUUCCAGAACGGCGAGACGAUCGAGCUGCCCGACAUCCAGACCGACGACGAUAGUGACGACGACGAUGGGCACGUGGCUGUGGCGGCGUGGGCGGACUCACCCGCUCUCAAGGCGGCGCUGCUGGCGCAGGAACGCGUCGACCCAAUGCAGGUGUUCGGCCCGCCGGCGCCGCUCAACAUGGAGGAGGUGUUCAGCAAGACGAAGGACAGGUGGCACAAGUUCCGGGCGAGGACGAGCAGCGCGAACUGGAGUGGGACGGACCGGCUUACCGAAGAUGACAUUAGGAAGGAUAUGGCCGCGAGGGAUAAGAUGCGCCGGGAAGGGGGCUGGUCGUAUGAGCUUAGUAGGGACAUGUCUUAGGUUCACUUCUAUGGAGGUUCAGACUCUGGUAUCUAGCGUAUUGUUUGAGGACAAAGGAUUGUAGGAUAGACUUAGGCUAUGGGUGCAUUUUGGCGUAUUAUUCUUUGCGGGAUGCGAGGGUCUUAGCAUAUCCAUCGGGCUGAUGGUAGGGUUACGGAGUAGGAAGGGCGGUCAUAAUGGUUCUCUAACAGACAUUCCGGAUCAAGAACUUGGCCAUCAUCAACGCUGUUUUGAGCAAUUCUGACAAGAAAAAUCCAGGAUGUGUUGAUUCAAUGCUUGUUGUGAUGCAGUCCUGACCUUGUGUUACCAUUACCGAGGUCAGCGAGCAGAGUACGCUCCGUCAAGAACGUUGAUCUUGGCACGUGGUUGGUAACGUAACACUGGCGGUGUGACCCUCCGGGUUUUGUGGGAAGCAGGAUGAAGGAAUCUAGAAGGCGCCGACUUGGAACAACACCUAGCACAUGACUGUCAAUCGGGCUG